AUGGCUUCGCAGCCACCGCCGCCGUCGCGUACGGCGAGCGUUGGCCCUCCGAGCGCUGGCGGUAUGAACGCGCCGCCCACCGCUCCACCAGGCGGGCAGCAGGCACAGCAACAGAAUCUCAAUCAGAUUGUUCUGGAGUACCUGUCCAAGAAAGGCUACAACAGGACUGAGGCCAUGCUCCGGAAGGAAAGCCAGCACACAGAUGCCAACGGAAACCCGAUCGCCACCAACAUUAAUGAGAUGGGCGGCAAGAAGUACGGUCGCGCAUUCGAGGCGACGCAGCUGUGGGUCGACAACGUCCUCGAAAUCUACAAGCCGGAGCUCAAGCGCAUUCUAUGGCCCCUCUUCGUCUACUCAUUCCUGCAAUGCGCGAAUGAAUUCUUCUCGCACGACGCAUCCGAAUUCUUCCAGCGCUUUCGAGGUCAGUUCGAAUCGGAACACGAAGACGAUAUCCGGGCUCUUGCAGGAAUCUCCGUGCCAGAGCACGUUGAACAGAGCGACAUUGCUCAGCUUUACCGCAAUAACAAAUACCGCCUCUCACUCAGCCAAAUGGCCUAUGCGACACUCAUGAUGUACCUCGAAGCGAAGGAGACUGAGGGUGGAGGCAUUAUGGUUCUCAUCAUCAAUGCUCACCUGGACAUUCGAGUCAUCGACCGUGCGGCCUUUGGUGCAGAACUAAGUCUUGCGAAGCUGCUUGCACAACGCGAUGGCAGCAUGGAUGUGCCUGCGGAGGACGAAGGUAUUCCGGGUCACAACGCUGGCUCUGCGAAUUUGGCGACGAACGCACCAGCUGUUCUGUCCAAGCUCUCGCUGGGUCUCGCGCCACCCGAAGAAGAAAAGUAUGAGGAUGUAAAGGCCGAACUCCAACACGAGGACAAUAUCAAUCCCCCAAUGCCUGGUCAGAAUGCUCUCUCGGACGAAUACGAGCAUAUGAUCAAACGGGAACCACUUGAUGAAGCACCACGUGAAACAUUGCCCUUUCCUCCAUCCACCGCUAGAGACGUUGCAAUGGAGGUCUCGAGGGUUAAGGAGCAACGGGAUCGUCUUCGCAUCAUCGACACCCGCACUGGUGGUGCCGGCCCCGGUAUCAGCGUGACUAUGUUCACCUUCCACAACACAUUCGACAGUGUCAACUGUAUCGAAUUCUCCGGCGAUAACAGCUUGGUGGCGAUCGGCACUGCAGAGUCGUACAUUCGAGUAUUCUCACUCGAGAACAAGGCUCUGACGUCUCCGACGGACCCUCCUUCGUAUCAACCGUCUGCGUCGCGGCGAUUGGUAGGCCACUCAGGACCUGUGUAUGCUUUGUCUUUCUCGCCUUCCAUUGCGCUGCCGGAGCCAACAACGAACGGCCACACAAACAACAGCGGACGGUCAGAAUCGCAGCCACAGUAUAUGGUAUCGUGCUCCGCGGACUCGACCAUCAGGCUGUGGUCACUGGACACCUGGACCAAUCUGGUUGUGUACCGAUCACACAACAUGCCAGUCUGGGAUGUCAGAUUCUGCCCACAGGGCCACUACUUCGUCUCAUGCAGCGCUGACAGAACAGCACGGCUGUGGAGCACGCCACAAAUCGCACCCUUGCGCAUCUUCGCCGGGCACGACUCCGAUGUGGAGACAGUCGCAUGGCACCCCAAUAACGCUUACAUCUUCACGGGAGCUGGCAAUGGUGACCGGACAGUGCGAAUGUGGGAGCUCCAGCGUGGUCAACCAGUACGAAUCUUCACAGGACAUACCGGCCACGUCACCGCGCUUGCAUGCGCGCCAAACGGACAAGUCGUCGCCAGCGCUGACGACCGAGGAGAGAUCAUUCUCUGGGAUCUCGCCACUGGUCGCCUCGCGAAGCGUAUGCGAGGUCAUGCUCGCGGUGGUAUCUGGAGUCUAGACUGGAGCGUUGAGUCUACAGUACUCGUCUCAGCUGGCGCAGAUGGCACAGUGCGAACUUGGGAUGUGCAGACUUCCAACAAAGAGACGCAAGGGAAGGUGAUUGGUGAAGGAGGCACCGGUACAAAGAUCGAUGGCAUUUCGGCUGGCACGACUGCUAAGAGCAAGGCGAAGAAGGAUGUGGUCGUAUCGCCGGAUCAGAUUAUGGCCUUUCCGACGAAGAAGAGCCCGGUGUACAAGGUGCGAUUUACGCAUAUGAAUUUGGUGGUUGCUGGAGGGGCAUAUCUCCCGUGA